AUGGCAUCCGGAUUCGACCUUCGACUGCCACAGCCUCUCGAUUGUGCCAACCUAGCCAAAGAAUGGCCUCGUUGGAAGCAAGCAUUCGGAAUCUAUUUGCGUGCCAACGGUAAGAUAGCGGGAAGUGAGGAGAACAAAAUCGCCAUUUUUCUGUGGCUGAUCGGGCCUCGCGGCGUCGAAAUUUUCAACACGCUCUACCCCGACAGCUCAAGUGCUGAUAGUUUGUUUGGUGUUGGUGGCAACGAAGAAGAAGAUGCUGCGUUUGAUGAUGCCGUUGAAAAUGUAACAGUGAAUGAGCACUCGCACACUCUUGCAAAGGUGAUCGCUGCAUUCGACGAUUAUUGCCUUCCACGGAAAAACAUCGCGAUGGAGGCAUUCAAAUUCAACACCAUCGCACAGAAAGAGAGGCAAACAUUCACCGAGUUUGAAACGGAACUCCGCACACAAAUACAAUAUUGUGAGUUCAAGUGCCAACAGUGUCAAACAUCCUACUCCGAUCGCAUGCUGCGAGAUCGGAUAAUUAUUGGCGUACAAGACAAAAAGCUGCAGUUAAAACUCCUCGAUGGACGAGAUGACCCGCUGGCAAAAAUCAUUGAGACCUGUAAGGUGUUUGAAGCUGCGUCGGAGAAUAAGCUGAUUCUGGAUCGCAAAGUGAGACUGCUAGAGGCCAUUUCAGAAAGUGCUGCCGUGGUCGACUGGAAUCGGGUGAACAACAGAAGGAGGACAACGCAACAAAACAGCCGUCGAAGAUGAGACAACAGAAUAAACAAAAUCAGUGCUCGCGGUAAAUUGGAGUGACGCAGAAUAAACUCAACUUGCGAAGGGAGCAAAAGUUCAAGGGCGUGGCGAAAGCUUUACCAUGUAGGAAGUGUGGGAGUAUUAUUCAAACUAGACACCGGCGCCGACGUGAAUUGUAUCCCGAUUGAUGUAGUGAAGAAGAUUGGCAUACCAAUGCAAAAUGUGAGCAAUACCAAUGUUUUGGAUUAUAGUUCAAAUAAAGUUAAA